AAGGAUGAGUCGAAGAAGUCCAAAGCUGGAACUGAAGCUGAAUCUUUCGCCGCCUACGUCAAGCCAGAGGAGGAUGGUUCGAUCUCCAACCCGCUCUGCGACGACUUCACCGACAUCACCGCCAAGCUCAUGCGUCUCGUCGGAGAUGAACCAGGAUGAGCCGUCUGUGAGAUACUCUACAAGUCCAGAGACAACCUCGAUGGUUCUUGUCGGAUGUCCUCGUUGUCUCAUGUACGUGAUGCUCUCAGAAGACGAUCCUAAAUGCCCUAAAUGCAAAAGCACCGUUCUUCUUGAUUUCCUCCACGAAAACGCUUCAAACGCAAACGCAAACGCUGCUGCUUCCUCUGGUCGCAAGACUCGAAGGAACUGAAAGAGAUCAUCAGUAAAAUCAAAAAAAAUCCUGUCUCUUUUUUUUUUAAUGCCUAGUUUUCUUUUAUUUAUUUUUCCCUCUCUUUUUAUGCGAAUGUAGCUGUUGUUUUUAUGAGAGUAGUGCUAAUCACGCUCCACUCUAAAAUCCAGAGAAGAGAAGGUACGUAGGAGAUGAAAUUAGGGUUAACCUAUUCAAAGAAAGAGUGGAGCGCGAAUAGCACUAACUUUUCUUGUUCUUUUUUAUUUCUCAACAUUUUUCUACCAUUUGAGUUCUCUAAUGGAAGAAGAAUUUUUAUAUAUAA